AUGGGUUCACCGCUUGCAAGUGAUGAGAAUAUCUUCGAACUGCUGCAGCAACAGUCGGCCGAUCCGAAGCUGCUCGAGGAGCAGCAGCAAGCUGUUAAUGAGAGAAUAAACACCAUAUAUCAAAAGGCCCAAGCCCGGCUCGCUGAAUUGAUUGACCAAAACUCCACGCUACCAUGUACAAUCUCAUCUGUCCAAGUCCUCAAUGCGAACAAUACAAGGAGAGGUUUUCUAGAAAGAGUCCUCAGUCCUCUCUUGAGCUCAAAUAAUCACCGGCCGUAUACUCUCUCGGAAGCCCUAAAGGAAAUCUCAGUAUGCACGGAUACACUUAGCCGAUUUGAUAUCUUCGAACACCCCAUCUCCGUGUUUCUCGACAAACCUUCCCAGGCUGACCCUUCCACAAGCCCCACUGACCUCGAAGUCUACCUCUCCGUCAAAGAGAAAUCCCGUAUCCUGCUAAAAACUGGCACGGAUCUUGGAAAUGCAGAAGGGUCCGCUUACACCAACUUUAUGUGGCGGAAUAUCUUUGGUGGGGCUGAGUCACUGAAUAUCAAUGCUUCGCUCGGCACCCGGACAAAAUCCGCCUACCAGGCCACAUUCGAAACACCUAUCCUCAGCAACCCGGAUGUCAGGUGCGAAUUUGGUGGCAUUGGAAGUUCGACGGAGAAGAGCUGGGCGAGUCAUGAGGAGGCGGUCAAGGGAGGCUGGGCUAAGCUCCGCUGGCUUAGCGCCCACGGACACAGACAUGAACUGGGCUACAACGGAUUCUGGAGGCAAGUGACAGGUCUAUCUACGAAUGCCUCGCCAACUGUUCGUGGGGAUGCUGGCGAUAGCGUUAAGAGCAGCAUUUGCCACACGUGGAUCAAUGACCAGCGCGAUAACCCGUUCUUGCCCUCGCAAGGAUUCUACAUGAGGACUUUCAAUGAGAUGGCCGGUUGGGGUCCGCUUAAGGGGGACGUAUCAUUCUGGAAAUCAGAGGUGGAAGCUCAGGGCGCCAUACCGAUUCCCAUCCCCGGAGUGAAAGGGAACACUGGCUUCAGCUUAACAACAGGUGCCCGUGCUGGUGUGCUUUGUCCAUUAGGUCUGGAUACGGCUCGGAAACCCCAACUUUCCCGUAUCAACGACCGCUUCCAACUAGGUGGCCCAACUGAUGUGCGCGGCUUCAGACUCUCUGGCAUCGGUCCACGGGAAGGUCCCGACGCAUUAGGGGGAGAUGUUUUCGCGGCGUGCAGCGCAAACCUUCUAUGUCCUUUACCUCGGGUUGGGGCGGAGAAACCACUAAGACUGCAAGCUUUUGUAAACUGUGGCCGCUUGCUGUCACUAAAGACGCAGAAUGGGAAACUACCGUCGACGCAAGGGGAGGUUAUAGAUAGUAUUUUGGCGACCGUAUCAGAGCUGAAGAAUGGGCUGCCGAGCAUGGCCGCAGGGCUGGGCCUUGUGUAUGCGCAUCCUGCUGCGAGGUGUGAGUUGAAUGUAUCUUUGCCUCUUGUCACGCGGAAGGGGGAGGAAGGGAGAAAGGGCUUGCAAUUGGGGAUUGGAAUCAAUUUCUUGUAACAGAAGGGAAAGGGUAGUGUACAGUACAGUUUUCAAUGUAAUAGAAACGGGAUAAACCAUCGUUGU